GCAGUUAGUUGUUUGUUACAUUGUUAGAGAUUAUGUAAUGUACCUAAAACUAUUGGCUAUAAUAUUAGCGUCAGCUUAUUCUUGCAGUAUUAUCAUGUCUGGGGUGCCACCUGCAAACAGGCUAUCCCAACUUGCUGCAAAACCCAUAUACAAUCUGGAAGAUGACCUCAUCAACCAAUCUACAUACAAGUCAAUAUCAGAGCUUAAAGAGACAAUUGAGGUACAACAUUAACAUGAGAGUGGCUGACGAUACGGAAGCAGCUUCAUUCUUACUGUACGACACAGAGGCGGUCAAACACCUCGGAGUUACUACCUCUGAUAUUAGGCUAGCUCAGUUGACAAAGGGUGGUAUCAAUGAGAAAUAUCAAACCGAACUGAACUCAUUGGUGGGACAAAAAUUUCUAUUCAAAGUUGCCGUUAAGAUGGAAGAUCUGAAUGCCUUUUAGCCAUGCAGGAUAAUUGUCACUAUGCUAUGUGGGGAGACAAGUGUCUUAACCAAGUUUUUGGAUAAGCAUUACAUGCACGAGCCGUCCGUAGGCUUUGAGAACUCAGAACUCCUCAGCAUGCAAACUGACUCUGUCCAAACUCAUAAUGGUACAAGAUCCCCAUCUGUCAAAAUUUUGGCCGCUGAUGUUGAUAGGUACUCCACCCCAAAGGAGAAAAUUAUUAGUGAAGGUUGGUCCAAAAAGCUCAUCGAACUUUAUCCUGACUCUUCAAAUGCGUCAUCUUCAAAAUGCAGGAAGGUUGUCAAUGGUGACAAUGCUAAUGCCAACAAGACAGUGGAGGAAUAGUUCAUGUAACGUUUCAAUGGCCACUACCAAUCCAUUUGUUGCUGGUCAAUUCGACAUUAGCCGGUUGAUGAAGCCUGUAUUUAGUUUGUUGUUUGUCUUGCUAUGUUGUUUUUAACAUGGAGUUGUUCCUAUUCUAUAUUUUAGUUUAUCUAGCGCUAAGUUAGUGUUCUAUGUGGUUGAACCCAACCCUUAUUUGCUUCAUAUGUAUGGAAUGUGUAGCAUGGGCACAUUUUGUAUCGAUAGUGCAACUGUGUGCCUGUUGUGUUGUCGUUUUUUCAAUUGAAUAAAAUAGUGGCCAUAACAUGUUAACUUGCAA